UGGCAGGCCGCAGCGUCUGUCUUGCCUCUCACUUCCCGCGGCCAGUGACGCCAUCGGAUAGGGACCGUGUGAGGCCUUUCUUGUUGUUUUCCGUUUCCAUCACUCUUCGCUACUGGUAUUCGUUAUCAGGAAUUGGGAUUGUUGUUCAGUGGUGAUGCCCGGCCGGAGCGGAGGCGGCCAGUGUGCCGCGGUGCUCCUUGUGUUUUCUUUGAGUGUCACUGGAAUAGCGGCUGUGGCAGGCAAGGAGUGUGAGAAACCUUGUGUGAACGGGGCCUGUCAACCCUCCACAGGACUAUGUGUGUGCGAGCCCGGUUGGACUGGGGAGCAAUGCCAACACUGCGGGGGGCGCUUCAUGCCAAAUACAGUCUUGCGUCUUCGUUUUAACCACUUUGCAACUGAAUGCAGCUGGGACCACCUUUAUGUGUAUGAUGGUGAUUCGAUCUAUGCACCUCUAGUUUCAGCCUUUAGCGGACUCAUUGUGCCAGAGAGAGAAAGCAAUGAUUCUGUUCCUGAAGUCGCAAUUACCUCUGGAUUUGCCUUGCUGCACUUUUUCAGUGAUGCUGCCUACAACCUAACUGGAUUUAAUAUCAGCUACAACCUUGACAUGUGCCCAAAUAACUGUUCUGGAAGAGGAGAGUGUGUGCUGACUAACAUGAGCAGUGGGGCCGUUUACUGUGAGUGCUCAGAGCACUGGAAGGGAGAGGCUUGUGAUAUUCCAUACUGCGUGGACAAAUGUGGUGAACCUGAGCGGGGUAAAUGCAACGUAAAUGGCACAAAGGGAUGUGUAUGUCAUAGUAGUUGGCAAGGCCCCAGUUGUUCAGUGCCGGUUCCUGCGAACGAGUCGUUCUGGAUUCGUGAAGAAUACCCCGACCCAAAGCUCGCUAGAGCAUCCCACAAAGCUGUAGUUCUUGAAGACGUGAUGUGGGUUAUUGGUGGCUACAUGUUCAACCACUCCAGCUACAAGAUGGUUAUGGCAUAUAACCUGGUUUCCAAAGACUGGACUACAUUAAACGAAACGGUUAACGCUGUGCUUGUUAGAUAUGGCCAUUCUAUAGCAUCACACAAGGAUAAAAUCUACAUGUAUGGAGGAAAGAUCGAUGCUACGGGCAAUGUAACCAAUCAGCUGUGGGUGUUCCAUAUUCAGAAUCAGUCCUGGGUUCAGAUGGUACCAAAAGCAAAGGAUCAGUAUGCUGUAGUGGGGCACUCGGCACACAUUAUCACAAUGAUGGAUGGCACUGUGGUAAUGCUCAUAUUUUUUGGGCACUGUCCACUUUAUGGCUACAUUAGCAGUAUACAGCAGUAUACCAUAGAAACAAACAGCUGGGAGAUUCUUCCAACAGAGGGUGCUCUUGUGCAAGGUGGCUAUGGCCAUAGCAGCGUCUAUGAUGAGAAAACACGAGCUAUAUACAUACAUGGAGGAUACAAGGCUUUCACUGCCAACAAAUAUCGGCUAGCAGAUGAUUUGUACAAGUACGAGGUAGAUAAGAAAAUGUGGACAAUACUUAAAGACAGCAGAUUUUUCCGCUAUUUACACUCAGCAGUGAUCAUAAGCGGCACAAUGCUGGUGUUUGGAGGAAAUACUCACAAUGAUACCUCAAUGAGCCAUGGAGCAAAAUGCUUCUCAGCGGAUUUCAUGGCAUAUGAUAUUGCCUGUGAUCAUUGGUCUGUACUACCACACCCUACAUUGCAUCAUGAUGUGAAUCGCUUUGGUCAUUCAGCAGUUUUAAGGAACAGCACAAUGUUCGUGUUCGGAGGUUUCAACAGUCUUUUACUGAGCGAUGUCUUGAUGUUCACACCAGAGAACUGUGAAGCUUUCACAUCAAGGAAUUCUUGCUUAGAGGCAGGGCCUGGGAUUCGGUGUGUUUGGAACAGCAGCUUAUUGCAGUGCUUCUCAUGGGAAAAGGCCACUCCUGAAGAGGAACAAGAGGUCCUGUCCUUAUGUCCCCCAAAAACAUAUGCAGACAAUGAAAAAUGUGAUCAGUAUACUGACUGUUUUAGCUGUACAGUGAAUUCUAAUGGCUGUCGAUGGUGUAAUGAUCAGUGUAUUUCAUUUAGCAACAACUGUACGGUAAACCAGGGUCUUAUCACUUUGUAUGAGCAAUGUCCAAAGAAUAACCCAGGAUACUACUGUAAUAAAAAAACAAGCUGCAAAAGUUGUGCCAUGGAUCAGAAUUGCCAGUGGGAGCCGAGGAAUCAAGAGUGUAUUGGACUGCCAGAAAAUAUCUGUGGAGCAAAUUGGCAUUUAGUUGGGAGCUCAUGCUUAAAAAUCACUAGCACAAAGGACACUUAUGACAGCUCGAAGCUGGCCUGCCGUAGCCAUAAUGCUGUUUUGGCAUCACUCACUACACAGAAGAAGGUGGAUUUUGUAGUAAAUCAGUUGCAGCAGAUGCAGCCAAAAACGGAUCUAACCCCCUGGGUUGGGUUAAGGAAGAUUAAUGUGUCCUACUGGUGCUGGGAAGACAUGUCUCCUUUUACCAACACUACGCUGCAGUGGCAGACUGGAGAGCCUAGUGAUGUCGGAUUUUGUGGAUACCUUGCUGAGCCGUCACUUGUGGGACUAAAAACUGCAGUGUGUAUAAAUCACUUAAACGGAAGCGUUUGUGAAAGACCAGCCAAUCACAGUGUAAAGCCGUGUCGUACCCCUUGCGCAUCUAGGACACAAUGUGGGGAGUGUACCAGCGUCAACUCGGAGUGCAUGUGGUGCAGUAACAUGAAACAGUGUGUGGAUUCCAAUGCUUACGUAGCCUCCUUUCCUUAUGGGCAAUGUAUGGAGUGGUACACCUUGAGUAACUGUCCACCUGAAAACUGCUCUGGAUACCGAACAUGUGGCCAGUGUUUGGAGCAACCUGGGUGCGGCUGGUGUACAGAUCCAAGUAACACAGGCAAAGGACAGUGUAUUGAAGCCUCAUUCAGGGGUCCAAUGAAGUUGCCAACUAAUUCAGUGGCAAAAAACACCUACAUGGAACCAGUCCUAGAUGUAAGCCUGUGCCAAGAAGAAAACCACUUUAACUGGUCCUUUAUAAUGUGCCCAGCCUGUCAGUGUAACGGACACAGUAAAUGCAUCAAUGAAAGUAUCUGUGAGAAGUGUGAAAACCUGACAAGUGGUAAAAACUGUGAUACCUGCAUAUCUGGUUUUUAUGGGGACCCAACCAAUGGAGGAUCAUGUCAACCUUGCAAAUGCAACGGACACGCGUCUAUGUGCAACACCAAUACUGGAAAAUGUUUCUGUACCACAAAAGGAAUUAAAGGAGAAGAAUGUCAGUUGUGUGAAGUUGAAAACCGAUAUCAAGGGAACCCAUUGAAAGGAACAUGUUAUUAUACUUUGCUUAUUGACUACCAGUUCACUUUUAGCCUGUCCCAAGAAGAUGAUCGCUACUAUACUGCGAUUAAUUUUGUGGCAACACCAGAAGAAAUUGCUUUUUCUCAACACAGCAACUUUAUGGACUUGGUACAGUUCUUUGUUACGUUUUUCAGCUGCUUCCUGUCAUUGCUUCUUGUGGCUGCCGUGGUUUGGAAAAUUAAGCAAAGUUGUUGGGCUUCAAGGAGGAGAGAGCAACUUAUUCGGGAAAUGCAGCAGAUGGCCAGCCGACCUUUUGCAUCUGUCAAUGUUGCCUUGGAAACAGACGAGGAGCCUCCUGAUCUAAUUGGUGGUAGUAUAAAGACUGUUCCGAAGCCUAUAGCUCUGGAGCCAUGUUGUGGUAACAAAGCAGCCGUCCUUUCAAUAUUUGUACGGUUACCGCGUGGGGUAGGUGGUAUUCCACCACCUGGGCAAUCUGGUCUAGCAGUAGCCAGUGCUUUGGUGGACAUUUCACAACAAAUGCCAUUAGCAUACAAAGAGAAAUCAGGAGCAAUACGAAAUCGGAAACAUCAGCCACCUGCACAGCCUGGAACCUGUAUUUGAUGAAGGACUCCUGAACUCUAGGGAUUUGCAUAUUAAAAUAAUGGGGGGAGAUAAAAUCAAACAAUUUUUGUGAUGGAAAAAAGACUUGUUGGGUUAUGAUGGACACCCACAGUUUUCUUCACGUGACGUCUUCUCACAUCUGCAUGGUUUAGUUCACGUUAUGUGAGAAUCCAUUAAACCGAAUUUCCUUCACAUGAGAACUCUUAUCGUUUAGUUGAUUUAUCAUGUAAAAUAUAUCCUGUACAACCUAACUUAUUGUACCGUCAAAGAAACUGUAUGGUUUCAUUACACAUACUCAGGAUAACAUUCCCUGAUUUCUUUCAUUGUUUUGAUUUUGUACCAACAAAGGAAGGAGGAGGAUGUCCUGAUUCUCAUCAUGGAAGCCAUCAGGCACUGCAAUAGACAUAUUCUGUGUGUUAAACUGGAAACUCACACUUUUUAUGAACCGGAAAUACUACACCCAUGUGAUUGCGGUUUCAAUCACGUUGAUAUGCCAGCUCCCAUCAAUUUUGCAGGCUGCCUACCCAGAAGUAUUUGCUACAUAUUACCCACCAAGGUGUUAAUAAUACGUUUCCUCCGUUCAGUGCGGAAGUUUAUCUUUGUCAGUGGAUCUGGCGUCUGAAUUCCCAAAUUAAAAGGUGUUUCAGGAUGCUGUGACUUUGAUGGUGAGAAGAAACUUGACCUUUACAUUCCCAAGAAUAAUUAACUAUUCUCAUUAAAUUUUACUAUUGAAUUAAGAAUGUAUACUAGAGAACAAAGCUAUUGUUUCCAUUGAGGUCAUGUUGAAUAUUGUGCAUACAAAAUUACAAUUUUCAUGCCCUUUAUUUUAUAUUCCAACAAUGCAUAAGCCCAAAAUAUUCAUCUCUGAUUGACACUGAGAGGCUGACGAAAUGGGACUUUUCUGCUAAUUGCGUCUCAGUAGGUCAUUUUGGAUUUUUUUGGAAUGAACUGAAUUCACAUUUCAUGCAAUGUAUGUGCAUAAGAUUAUACAAUUUUGACAACUCUAGAACUCAUGAUGAUUCUCUCUAUUAUUUGAUUUCAGUCAUAUCUUUUUUAGCUCAAUCAAGUAUCAUUUACAUCAGCUUUCCUUUCAGUGGCCUGUUGUAAACCAGACUUAAAACAGUUCUUGAUGAAAGAAAGUAUUGUAAGUGAUGUACGAUGUGACACGGUGCUAAUAUAAAAUGAAAUUUAAGAUAAAAAUUUUAAAGCCGUUUCCGAUACUCAUUGAUGAGCACUAGAUUUUCUAUUUUAAAACAAGGAAUUUAUAGCCUAGAUCUGUUUUGUGAUUCUAGAAAAGCCAGACUAUGUCCUAUCAUAGGAAAUAUUGAUAUCCAUGUAGUGCUUGUUAUUUAAGAAAUGUAUGGACUGUUCAUCAUGUGUAUGACUCCCACGUAACAACUGAACAAAAGACCUGAACCCCCACAUGGAAUAGUAACUGUUAGGUGCUAUGAACUCUUCCACUUUUAAUUUAUUAUAUUUUAACAAGGUUAUACUGGUGAGUAUAGUAGCGUUUUCACCCUCAUCAAAGUGCCAAAGAUGGAAUUUUGAUGUGUGUUUUUUUUUCUUCAAUUAAUAUUGCCAUGUUUUUAAAAACUAUCUCCCAAAAUGUAUGGUUUAAUAGAUUGAAACAAAACACUGUUUUGGGUAUUUCCUGACCUUAGUUGAACAGCUGGUCAUGUUACUGUACUUUAUUAUCAGUCUGCUUGCACCAGUAGACAUUUGCUGAAUCUGGUUCCUGCAUUGAUUUUGAGGUGGUUGGAGGUUGUUUGCAGGGUAUUGCUCUUCCAUUCCACCCAGGACCUCUAUACCAGUGUAUAGGCUAAAUACCAAAUGGGUACACUACAUAUCAUUAGGUUUCACAUCGUUAAAUAGCUUACAAACUUCUUCAUUGCUGUAGGAAAACUCAUUUGAACCUGGUGUACGUGCGAUUGUUUUUUGUUUUUUAACAUCUCAUUUGAUAAUAAAUAUAAAUAUAUAUUUAUUUUUUUUCAACCUUGUCAAUAUUUCUUACAUUUUUUUUUAAUACAAGGCCUACACAACGCUUUGUAUGCCCAAACAUUAUCUAGAUGUGAUUUGCAUUUUUAAUUAUUGUCAGUAUCAUAGAAUAAAUAUUUACCUUUUUUUUUUUUUUUUUUUUUUUUUUUUACCUCAUGACCUUUAAUUGUGUUUUUAAAUUUUUUGUCAAUAGUUUUGCUGUUUUUGUUUUUUAAUGGGACAUUCUUGCAUAUAAUGUUUUCAGGCAGUUUGGCACCAAUAAAAUUCAUAUGAACAUACACUGACAUUUUUACAAUUUUCUGUUAAAUCUUUAAAUCUUCAAACUGCAUAAAUUCCUGUACAUGUCAAAUAAA